AUGUCCGGCUCUCCCUCUCGCCUGCCCUCUCGUACGAUCGCGGUGCAAACUGCCAAACAUCCCCAGACGCAUAUCCAGAGCCAGAGCCAGCGUCCUCAGGCCAUCGUGCGCAUCCCGUUUCCACCUGUCCUCGGCGCGCGCGCUCACCUGGUAUCCCUUCGCUCACAGCCGUCCCACACUCCCUCUGCCCCUCCCCUUGUCCCAUAUACGCACACUCCUAGCUAUCCGUGCUCUCUCGCUCUGUGCGAUCUGUCCACGACGCGCGCAGCACUUGUCCCCUCCUCUCUGUACGUCCCUCCCGAUCACUGGUUAUUCCUCCUUUCUUUUUUCCUCUUUGCGGCCCAUCGCACGAUUCCUCUUCCCGUUCGCGCCAUUAUCCACGCCCACAUGUGUGCCCAAUUGCGUUGCGCGUCCUACGCCCCCACCCAUAAGGCAUCCAGUGCCCCCCUCCCUUCAAAAGACGUCUUCCACCCCCAUCCUCAUCUGUCCCCAUCCGCGUGUCAUACCUCCUUUGUCGUGUCUCGCUCUUGUCCGCGCGUCCCGAGUUGGUUCCCUUAUCACCCACGCUGUCCACCUAUUUUUGGCCUUGCCCCCGUUUCACCCGCCUUGUCAGUAGCAGCGCUAAUUAACUCCCGUCUUCCUUCCCACCGCCGGCUGUCGCCCAAUUCGCACCCGCACCCGAUAUCCAUACUCCACAGCACCACGCCCGCACGCAGCGUCCCGCGCGUGCGCCUCCUCAUCGCGCGCGCGCACCCCGCGCCUGUCAAUGUGGACAUCGCGCCGGAAGGAGCGCUCGCGUCGGAGCCCCCGCCCGCCGCGCCCCUGGGAGCGCCCCCACCCACAGAGGGAUGGACCGCGACGCAGAUCCUCGCCCCCAUCCUCGUCGGGCUCGGCCUCCUCGUCCUCUUCGCCCUCGCGCUCCUCCUCCACCGCCUCCACCACCGCCACCGCUCCUACGCGCGCGCGCGCCCCACCCCCUUCCCGCACCUCACUGCCGCAGCCGACACGGCCCCCAGCCCGACCUCGUCCGGCUUCAGCGGCGCGCGCGCGCGCAUCCCACACGUGCGCCCGCGCCUCCCGCUGCACCUCCCGUACGUCGCCUUUCUGUGCGCGCGGCGCGUGCGCCCGAAGCGCGCGUCCGCGUGGUGGGACAUUGACGGGACGGCGUCGGGCCUGGGGAUGGCGACGGGCAGCGCGGGCGCGCUGGCGGAGCGAAAGAGCAGGGAGAGCAGGGAGAGCAGGGCGGCGGCGUACAGGAGCGGAGAAGCGGUGGCGGUGGCGGAGGACGUGGAGGUGGGCGAGGCGGCGCCGAUGAUCCGGAUGCACCCGGCGCACGUGCACGCGGCAUCGUCUUCCUCGUCAUCGUCUGCUUCGUCUUCUUUGACCGCAGCGCCACCGCCCCCUGUGCCAGAUCCGGAUCCGGAGACGCAGGGAGAGACGUGGCUCGGGCCGUGGGCCGCGCCCGCGUGCCGGGCGUGGGAGGCUGCGCUUGGGCUUGGGCUCGAUCUGGGCUCGCGCGUGGGGCUGGGCGCGCGCAGGCGGCGCGCGGUGCCGGUCGUGCCGCGGCGCGCGUCGCGCAGUUUCCGGAUCGACGGGGACGAGUCGGAGGGUUCGUCGGACGAGGACGGCGGCGCGGGUGUUGGCACAGGUGCACGUGCAGGCGCGGGUGCAGGCGCGGGUGUUGGCACAGGUGCACGUGCAGGCGCGGGUGCAGGCGCGGGUGCAGGGGAGGCUGACGGGGCGUACGGGCGCGGCACGGCGGGGUCGCGUGCGAGCGGGCGCACGAGGGCGGAGGGGAGCAUGCGGACGAGCGAGUAUGAGGCGGAGGAGCGGGACGAGGCCAUGCCGCUGCCGCUGAUGGGGGUCGGGAUGGGGAUGGGGAUGGGGAUGGGAAUGAGGUUGGGGGUUUCUGGUGGGGACGUUGGCGUCGGCCCACCGCUAACGAUCGACGUGACGCAGGGUUAUCGGUCUAAGUAUGGCAAUGGCAAUGGGUACAGGUAUGAGCCGGUGGCGAAUCCCGGGGAGGAAGGAGGCGAGGAAGAGGGCGAGGGCGAGGAGCGCGCGGGUGGGAGAGGUGUGGGCGUGGUCGUGGACGUGGACGCGGGCGGGGUGCUGCUCAUCUCGCAUGACGGCGAGGACUUUGCGACGCCGACGGACACGGUGCACACCCACACCCACACCGGCGCGGGAGCGAGGACGCCGGGCGGGUCUGGGAGCGGCGGGAGCAGCGUGCGGACGUUCGGAACGGGGGCGGCGACGUUCGGGUCGAAGCGGACGGAGUCGUACGCUGGGACGCCGGUGACGGCGACCGGAAGCGGGUCUGGGGGCAGCGUGACGGGGACAGUGAGCUCGAGGGAGGGCGCGCGGGAAUGGCGACGUGGGAGGGCGGGUCGCAGCAUCGAUGUGGUGCCGCCGACGCCGGUCGGCCGGCGCGAUAAUCCGCUCACGAACGCCGCGCCGCCAUCGCCGGACUCCUCGCCGUGGACGCCGCCGAUCCCCCCGCUCACGCUUGCGUUCCCGCUCCCACCCGCGCAUCCGCACCUCGUGGGUAUGCAGCGCCUGCGAGAGCGCACGCUCGCGAACGCCGCGUCGACUUCCGCGCUCGUGGGCACGGCGCGCCCGCCUGCGGAGGGCGUACGGUUCCAGCCGCCCCCUGUGUUCGCGGCGUCUGCGCCGGAUCUGAAUCUCUCAAAGCAGCAGCUGCAACACGACGGCUGGGGCGCCGCGGCCCUCAACCCGCGAGCAGGGGCGAGCAGGGACGGGAACAGGACCGCGACCGGGACGGAGGCGUACCCCUCGUCGCGUCAUACCCCGCGAUCGUCGCUCGGGUCGCCACCGGCUGCGCCUCCGUCCAAUUCGUACUCCCUCGGGCUCGUGCCUGGGUCGGCGAUGGCGCAGCACCCGGCAAGGUCGCGGGGAAAAUCCGCGUCCCCCGCGCGCUCGCCGCGUCCCUUGCCCAAUGCAUCGCUAUCGUCGGCGUCGUACCCCCCGCCGAAUCCGCCCCUGAACCAGCGCGUGCCCACAUCCCCGCGGCACUCGCCCAAUGCGUCGUUAUCAUCGGCGUCGGCACCCCAAGCGCACCACACGCCGACGCCUUCCUCGUCCUCGGCCUUAUUCGCGUACCCCCUGCGCCCCACCCUCGCCCGCACGCACGCCCACACCGCCUCUGCCUCCUCCUCCUCCUCCGCAUCGUACCACACCACCGCACAUCCCGCCGCCCUGCUGUCAUCUGCAGACCCCGCGCCCGCGCGCUCGCGCUCCCCGUCCCCACACCGCUCCACAGGCCUGCACUCGCCGCGCCCCUCCCCCUCCGCCUACCCCUCCACGCUCUCGCCCUCCCUCCACCUCCGCACGCUCUCCCCGCCGCCGCUCACCUCCCCGCACGCCUCCCCGCGGCACCUCCCACGCCCCCUCCCCCCCGCGCCCCCGCGCGCGCCGUAUGCGCUCGAAUCCUACCCCCCGCCGUCGCCGACGUACCUCCCCCCGCCGCACUCCCCGUUCCCCGGCCGCUCGCCCGCGGCCUCGCCCGCCCCCACGCACGCGACGCUCCACCUCCGCCCGUCGGACCCACAGAACCUGAUCCCCGCCGCCGUGCGCAGCGCGGGGUACAACCCCUUCGGCGCGGCCAUCCGGUGA